UACUUAUCUUUGCUAAGAUUGAACAUCUCAUGGAUACUAAAACUUUGAUGAUAAUUUAUUAUGCUUUUUUCCAAAGCCUUUUACAGUAUGGAAUAAUUGCUUAUGAUAAUACCCUUAUUUCAAUAAAAAACACAGAACGCAGAAUUUUGAAAAAAUAAACAAAAAUAAAUCUUUAGCAAAUCCUUCGCCGCUCAAUGUAACGCAACUAUUUCAGGUAGAAGCUAUAUCAUAUCAUUAUCAAACUUUGAAAGAAAUAUACACAAAUGGUAUAUUUAGAACUAGGAAUAAAAGCAUACAAUUACCAAACAUCAAGAAAAAUGUUAAGUACCAAAAACUGUCAUUUUGUUGCCAUAAAAAUUUAUAAUAAUUUGACGAACGAUCUCAAAAUUAUGAACAAUAAUUUGUUUAAUUUCCUUUCCAUUUUUCAAAGUAUUCACCCUUCUUUUUUCGUUGACCCUAUGUAUAAUUGUAUAUUUGUUUUAUUAGCUAAAGCUAUUUUUCAGUAUGUAAGUAAAUUGUGUCUUAGUUUGUAAGAAUACCGGCCUAUGCACAGGUUAUCUUAUUACCUUUUAUAGGAGUUAUGAUGUAAUUCUACCUAUGUACAGGUGACUAGAAUCACUUUUAGGGUUUUUGCAUUGUAACUUUUUAUUCUGGUUUAAUAAAUGCAAGUACAAAUACAAUGCAAAUAACCACUCAUAAUAUGAAAUCUAAAGAAUUAUAAACUAAAGUGUUGUCGCAAAAUAGUUCUGUACAGGAAACAACUUCUACUAACAAUGUCUUUCAUGAUGUUGUCGUUAACGAAAAUCAAAUAAAUGAUGGUAACCAUUGCAAUAAAAAAUUAAUAACGCAGUUAUCAUAAAGUGCAUAGAAAAAUACAAUCUGUUCAACAUUAAACAUGACAACGUUUUUAAAUAUAAAACAUGUAAAUUAUAAAUAUUAUAAUACAUAAUCAGAUAUUUUGUGUACAUGCGUCUGAGUGUUUGUGUGCGAUCAAAUGACGAUAAAUUAAAUUAUUUUCGAAUGUGUAUUUUAUUGUAUGGUCACAUGUACAAUCUCUUCUUAUAAAAUUAUUAUGUAAUCUAGUAGAUAUAAUUUACGUGUUUUUUUUUUACAAAUUCGUAACUGAAUUACAUUGAUAACAGGCACAAGUUAGAAGUAGAUGGGAGUAAAAAGUCUCCUCUAAGUUAAUUGGUAAUAAUAAAAUGCAUUCAAAAUAGCAGAACAAUGAGACUAAAACGAAUUAUUUUGGAAAGUAAUUACCCUAAUAUGUAAAAAGGCCGGCUUUCGAAGCUAAGAAUGCGUCGAAAAAGCAUUAUUUGGUGUACGGCUUUUUUUUUAAUUUAACCUACACUCUGUAACUGAGUAUUUUAUCAGCUUUAAGAUAUUAUCAAGUCAAGUGUAAACAAAAUCACUCCAGAUAGCUCGCGCUAUUGUUAUAAUUAUCAGUUCAAAACAGCUUGAGUGCUUCAAUUGGAAUAUAUAAACUAGGAAAACCUUUGUUAUUUUAUUAUUAUACGUCUUUCCUGAUCAAGAAGCAACAUGAAAAUUAUUUUCACAUUACUUUUAGUCACCUUGGUGGCUCUGUCCUGGAGUUAUGCCCAGGAUUGCCCGAAUUGUUCGGCUCAGAACCGCCAACCUGUUUGUGCCGUUAAUGGAAGAGGCAACAGAAAAACUUUCCCAAAUUCUUGCUUUGUGGACUCAAUCAAUUGUGAGGAAGGUCAAAAUUACAGAAUUGUAAGCUCUGGAGCUUGUUAGAUUGGAUAGAAAGCAAAUUCUACAAAAAUUACAGAUUCCAAAUAACAAUUAUCUAAUACAAGAAGUUAGCUACAUUAAUUUGGAUUUACUAACCAUUUAUAACAAACUUAUUACAUAUGUAUAUGUAAUACUAGAAUAGGGUACCUACUUGUUUUUUCUUAAU